AUGCAAACUGAAGUUGCUCCCUGCACAGAAGGUAAAAUGUUAUUUAAAUGUAGAUCAAAAUUAAAAGGACACUCUUAUUAAGAUGGAUAAUUAAACAAAUGAAGAAGACAUUUAGAAUUAAAAUGAAGCAAUGGAUAUUGAGGAUAAUCAUUCCAAUUAAUAAAAUUAGAGUAAGAAAUGUAAAUAUCUUUUCUUAGGAAAAAGAAAAUAAAAUAAUGUUUAAACAAAGCCAGAUCUAAUUAUUAAUGAGAAGAGAUAAAGAAAACCACCUUAAAAUGCAUUUGUUUAUCGUGAUCCAUCUCCAUAAAAAAUUGUGGAAAAAAAAAAACCUUAAAAAUACUAAAUAAGUUCAAGAAUGAAUGAAAUUUGUACAAAUAUUGAGAAAUGGGAGUAGUUUUAGAAAAGCUUAAACAAAUUAGGAUAUCCUAGUAUAGUUUUAGAUCAAGAAAAAAUUAAUGAUUUAUUAAAAGAUUACGAUUAGAAAGAUGAAGCUGGUAAAGAAUAUUAUUUGAAAAUGAUUCUUAAAAUUGUUGGAGAAUCUAUGUGUUCUAAUGAUAAAACUGAUAUUAAUCAAUAGAUAAAGAAUAAAAUUGAAUAAUUAAUUUAAAACAAGAACAUUAUAAUAAAUUGGACGUUAUAAAAGUGGGAAGAAUAGAUUAAGUCAUUUUUAGAAAUUAGAGCUGAAUUAAAUGAAGAUAUCUAGUUUACAUCUCAUUUUGAUUUUUAAGCUUUGCAAGCUCUUAUUGGAAAUAAUCUACCUAAUUAUAUAGAAGAAUCUAAAUUGAAUAUUACAUUAAUUGCAUUGAAAUCAAAACAAAUUGAUGAUUUAAAAAAAGUAUGUGAUUUAAAUGAAUUAAAAAAUGUAAGAUUAAUAAGAGAUUAUUUGAUUACUUUAAAUUAAAGAAUAGAUUAAUUAAAAAAACUUAAAGAGAAAAUAAAUUUAAUAAAAAAAUAAGAAGAUGAAAAUGAUAUUAUAGAAUAACAUAAUCAAUAGGAUUCUAAAAUUUUAGAAUUUAAAAAUACACCAAUUAAAUUUCAUUAAAAAACAGAAGUUAAAUUAAAGUCUAUUACAACUUAACCUAAGUAAAAAUCAAAACCAUAAAACCUUGAGAAUAUAGAAAAUAAUUAAAGUAAUGAAAAUGAAUAAAUAAAUUCAUAAAUAAACGUAUAAAGUGAAUCAAAUUAAGCAACAGAAUAAAAAAUAAAUGAAAAUAAAUAAAAUAAAAAGAAAGAAAAGGAAUAAUAAAAAUAAGAGAAAGUUACUAAAGGAGCACUUGAUAAAUAUAAAUUUAAGAAACUAGAAAUUUAAGAAAUUCCAACUUAAUUUAAUAAAAUAGAAACAUAGAAUAAUUAAUUUGAAACUGUGUCUUCUCCAAAAGAUAACAAUUAAUAAGUACAAGAUAGAGAUAUUUAAUAAUAAGAUUCAAAUGAACCAUAAUAAAAAUAAUAAUAAUAAUAAUAAUAAUAAUAAUAAUAAUAAUAAUAAUAAUAAUAAUCAUAAUAAUAAUAAUCAUAAUAAUAAUAACCUCAAAUUACAGGAAAAAAUCUUAAGCAUUUCUUUUUUGAAAAGAAAUAAUAGGUUGUUCAUAAAUAAGAUGAAUAUUAACGAAAAUAAUUAACACCUUAUAGAAUGGAAUAAUUUGAAAUUUUGAUUGAAAAAAUGGCUAAUAUGCAAUUGCAAGAAGAAAAAAUAUAAGUGUCAUUAAAUGAUUAUAAUAGUGAUGAGAUUGAAAUUUAAGAAACAAAACCAUAAUAAUAAUAAGUUAGAAUUAGAAAAAUACAUAUUUAUAUUGCAGAUUCAGAUAAAGAAUUUAAUGGACAUUAAUUUAUAUAAUUAAGUCAAGUCAUCAGACCAAGAGCUCCUUUCUUGUUAGGUAUAUCUAUAUAAUGAAUAUUUAGAUGAUUAAAUUGAUUAUGAUAAAGAUUCUUUAGAUGAAGUUGAGGAAAUGUUAGCAGAGAACCUCUCAGAUGUCAAUGACUCUGAUGAAGAUGUAAGCGAGGAGAGUGAAUAAAAGGAUAGUUUUCUAGUAGAUGAUAAUCAUCUAUCUUAAGAUGAGAUUGAAGAUCCUGAAGAAUUACUAAAUAAUAAAUGCAUUGCAAAUAAUACAUAAGUUUAAAAUGGAAUAGUAUACAUUAAAUUCUCAUAAAUUGAACCAAUAUUCUUUGAAACUUAUAAAGCCUAAUACAUUCCUUAAUUUUUUACUACAUAACAAUUAAAAGAUUAAAGUAAUGGAAAUAUUUUAUAAAAUAUUGCAACUUAAUAAGGAAAUAACAAUAAAUCAAUUUAAAUUCCAAAGGCUAAAAUGAGUUUUAGUAAUAAUAAUUAAAAAAAACAGAACAAACCAAAAAAAUAAAAAGCAAACACUACUAAUGAUUAAUUAAAUUAAAGUUCUUCUCUAUUUUCUUAAAAAUCCUCAUCAAAUAAUAAAUCUCAAGUAGAAAAACCUACAAUAAAAUAAUAAUAAAAAUCUUAGACAAAAUUAGAUAAUAAGGUUGAUGAAGAGAAAAUACAAUAAAAAGCUGAUGAUAAUAAUAAUAAAUGCUAAUAAGAAUAAGGAGAGGAUCAACAAAGAGAAUAAGAUAAUGAAUAGAAUCAAAAAUUGUAAUAAAACUUUAAUGAUGAAAACUUAUAAUGA